CAAGCAAUUGGAUAUCAUUGUCUCAUUAUCGAUUCUGUAGUGAACACACAGUAAUCCAAGCCAGUCAGUAGUAUCGCAUUACGAUCACUGAAAACGCGUAGUUCACUAACUCAAUUACUUUCAGUUUUGUUCAUUUCCCGCUAAACUUUGUGUUUGCAUCGAAAAUGGCAUUUCGUUUUACGUCCUUAAUCGCGUUCGGUUGUUUGUUGCUCGCUACUGCUUCGCCAAUCAAUGCUGCCGCCAUUGAUAAUUCCGUAGCUGAGCCACGUAUUCGUAAUACCGACGAAUUGCUCACUACAAUUGUGGAUAAGUGCUUCCAUGCCAACGGUUUGUAUUGUUUGAAAGAGAAAGUUCUGAACUUUUUGGAUGGUGUGUCCGGUGUCGAGGAGGAUAUUAGUGGACGCGCAUUCAGCGAGGAUGUCAUCGAUAAGGUGAUCGUUGAUCGUGUUGCCAGAAUCUUAAACAACAAUGAAUUCCGCCUACGCUUGCCCGAAACCGGAUUCGGCAGCUCAGUGGUUAGUUAUAGUGCCGCUCGUGGUUUCGAUAUGGAAGUGCCCGAGACUGGAGCCCGCGGCGAAAAGAAGAAGGACAAAUUGCUUUUGCCCCUCUUGUUGCUCAUGAAAUUGAAAUUGAAGGUUGUCUUGCCAAUCCUUCUCGGUCUGAUUGGACUCAAAGCAUUCAAGGCUUUGAUUUUGUCGAAAAUCGCCAUCAAACUGGUACUUGGCUUCCUCAUCUAUAACUUGAUCACCAAAUUGUCUGGCGCUAAAAUGAUGAUGAUGCCCGCACCUAUGCCAGCGCCAGAAUAUGGACCACCCAGCACUACCGCCUCUUCUUACGACCCAAGCAGCUGGGAGCCAGCUAGCGGCGGCCCAUACGCCCGUUGGGACUCACAGAGUUUGGCAUACAGCUCAUACCAUCCCAGCUCUAGCUCAUACAACUCCGGUUCAAGUUCAACUGGUUCAUCGUCCAGCUAUAGCUCAUCAUCCUAAUUGAAAGGCGGCAUCUAUUGAGUUUAUAACUCAAAGGACCUCUAACUCUGUUGCAAGUAAAUGAUAGAGUUGGUUAACCAAAACAGAAAAAAAAACCAACAAAAAAAGAGAGAGCACAACAACCUGUACAUAUAUAUUCAUAGAAAAGAAAAAACUGGAAAACCCAAAAAAAGAUGACAGAUUAUCGUAAAACGAACAUUAGAAAAC